GUGCUUCUCUUUCGCAGGCGCUUCAGCUCCAGAGCAGAGUGCAACGCCGAACGCAAUGCGAAUGGUUUUGACAAACUGUGCUGCACGUGUCUUUUUCCGUCGCUCUGCUCAGCUGGUUACUGUACCGGGCGACAGGGACUUCUGCGCGUGCACUUCAGAUGUCUCCGCGAGCUGUGCUAGCUUAGCUAGUUAGCUACCGCUAACACUUGGGUGAAGUUUCCACCAUUCAGAGCAGCUCGGCCCCCACUGCUGCUUUGAUGUCUUCUUCCCUGUGAGAGGCAGCAAGGCCAUGAUGCCUCACAAAUCAACCCGCGGUCAUGGAGACGAUAACGCGAGAGGCCAAGGUGCGGCCGUCAUCUCCCUUCCUCAAAGCUUCGAGCGACUCCGCGUCCUUGCAGCGAGACCAGGCACCGGAUCGGAAAGCGAUGGGCUUUGUUCUGGUGCAUGCAGGAGCUGGUUACCAUUCAGAGUCCAAAGCCAAGGAAUAUAAACAUGUGUGCAAGAAGGCCUGCCAGAGGGCUGUGGAGAAGCUUAACGCCGGUGCUCUGGCCGUGGAAGCCGUUACUGCUGCUCUGGUGGAGCUGGAGGACUCUCCGUUCACCAACGCGGGGACAGGAUCCAACCUGAACCUGUCAGGGGAGAUCGAGUGUGACGCCAGCAUUAUGGACGGAAGGUCUUUGCACUACGGGGCCGUCGGCGCCUUGAGCGGCAUUAAGAACCCCGUGCUGGUGGCCAACAGACUGCUAAGCGAAGCCCAGAAAGGGAAGCUAUCAGCAGGCCGGGUUCCUCCAUGCUUCCUAGUGGGGAGAGGAGCGUACCACUGGGCAGUGGACCAUGGGAUUCCUCCUUGUCCUUCCGACCAAAUGGCCACAAAGUGCAGCCUGUCGGCGUACAAGAGGAACAAGCGGAAGAUCGAGCUGGCGGAGAAGGUGGAGUGCAGUGCCGGUGCGCAGGUGAAGAGGAGCAGACAAUCCAGUGGAAAGGUCCCGCAGCAGAACGGCUCAGGGUCUUUGGACACGGUGGGGGCCGUUGUGGUGGACUGGGAGGGAAACGUGGCAGCGGCGGUCUCCAGCGGGGGUCUGGCCAUGAAGCAUCCAGGCCGGGUGGGCCAGGCGGCUCAUUAUGGGUGCGGCUGCUGGGCUGAGAACGCAUGGAAGUUAAACCCGUACUCGAUAGCUGAAGGACAGACCCGUCCAGUGCGGUUUCCACAGCCUGCUGAGUUGGACUCUGCUCAGUCUGUGUAUGUAUAUUUAACACACACUCACUCCCUUUGCCGUGUGCCUGUUUACUCACAGUGCACACAUUACCCCCCAGCUGUGAAAGUGCCACCGGUUUCCUGUUUUCCAAAUGCCAUGUUUUCUUCUUUGUGAUCUUGGUCCAUUUUAAGCUUUAGUUGAAUUGUCAUUGUGAAUGGUCUCUCUCUCUCUCUCGCUCUCUCUCUCUCUCUCUCACACACACGCACGGACAUCAAAAUUCUAUUUAUUAAUCCAAAUUAUGGUGGUAAUGAUGGUAUUUCUCUGGCUUUUGAAUGUGAUGAAGGGCCUUUUUCCUCAGUCCUCUUCCCAGACCGUUGCAGCUCGCAUCUGAGAAUCCCGUGGUAACUGAAUAAUGGCACACUUGCCGUUGUAAAGUAAUGGAAAAUCUGCGCAGGCUGCUGGGUUUUUUUGCUGGUUGCUGUUGGGCUCUCGCUGCAGAGCCUCACGCGGCCUACACGUCUUAUGUUGCCGAGAUGCACCCUGCCCUGCCCUGCCCUGCCCUGUCCAUGUUCCCCCUGCGUGCCUGCUCUCCAUUACCGAGAUCACUCCAACUUACCAGAAAAGGACUGAGGAUAAACCGCCUGCUUCACUGCCACACUCUGAAUUAACAUAAAUGAUAAUGUUCUUUGGCCAGGCUUCAAAUCCUGCCGGUAUUUAGUGUGCUCCGAGUGUGGGCCCGCGGGCCGCAGAACCCAUCAGGGCUCAGUACGUCCUCCCCAGGAUGUGAGUUAUGGGCCCGCAGUUCUCUCUGAUGGUCCCGGGAUGUCGAGUUUGGGCCGAGCGACUGCUGUACUUGUCCUUUGAACGAUGUCAUUAGGGUUUGAUGGGUUCCGAACACUCCCAGUCUGAGGGGAGUGGAAAUGAGGAGUGUCCUCAUCAGUCUCUCGUUACAAAUAUAGAUUAAAGACUCAUGUCACACGUGUUAGUGCCACACACUUAGAAAAACUUGAGGGACUGUCACACUUUUUAGGGGGUGGUGUGCCCCUGUUUCAUGGUGCCAUUGUGGCGGUGGUGUGAACAGGUCCUCAGCCACGGCUUGAGUAGCAUGAGCCCACCUUACACGUUGCCUGAAGAAGGCUGACAAGUUUCCAGACGACCUGCUUGUAUGUCAUGGCAAUUCUCCUCCCCCGUAUCAGUUCAGGGUAAGUGUCUCAAUCAAGGGAGCUCCAACAGGAGGUGGGAUUUGAACCCGGGUUUUCCAUUUGGAAAGUUAGUGCUUUAAUCACAAUGCCACCUUCUCCGAUCAAGGGAUUUGGGUUUGGUUCUGUUGAAGGGAGGAAAGGCUUGUUUCUGCUCCAUCUUUCCGGGAUGUCAGGAGCAGCUCUGAGAGAAUUGUUCAGGGCCCACUUGGAUCGGGUCUGGUUGGUUAGGAUCGGGUUGGUGUCGCAUGUUUUUCCACAUGGCGGUGAGAUGUUGGCUGUGCCCUGGUCCUUGGUGAAAGUUGGAGAAGCUGGAAAAAUUUCUCCUCAGCCAUACUGGUCUGCUCGUAGUGACUUUCAGGAAAGGCUCUUUGUUUAUUUGACUGUUUAUUAUGACUGGUUGCUCACCUAUUUCGUAGGUGGGAUGCGCACCCACCCCUUUGCGGCUCCUCCCUCUGUCCCUCUUCAGGCUGCGGGGAGCAUCUGAUGCGCACCAUGCUGGCCAGGGAGUGUUCGGCAUCUGCGCAGUCCGAGGACGCCCA